GUACGCGGGUCGUCAUAAAAGCGUGUGAGAGAUUGUGAAGACAAUAUUUUAGACACACACAAAAAAUUCAUACAAAAUUAUUCAUUUUCAACUCAAUUUACUUUAACGGUAAUAAACAACGACGAUUGAAAAAAAAAGACAGCGCAGUUUGAGUAUUUUCAUGGGAUUGCACAAAUCUCGUAAUUAUUAUUGACGCAUCGCGGAACGAACAGUGUGGAAUUUCGUAAAUUUUCAUUCGAAAUGAUGUUCGACAUUUUUUGCGUCCUAUGACAUACCGAAGAAGAAGAAGAAACAAAAAAAAAACGACGUCUCCGUCAGUGUUGUCUAAGUGGAUUUGCGUCUGGAAAGGUUAGGUUCGACAGUGUCGAACGAUAUAUCUUCGUUUCUCAUCCGUCAAAAAAUGUGCUCAAUUCACUAAUUGAAUUGUGCAAUUUUUCAAUUUACCCCAUUUUUCCCACUCGCCGAAUCAAAUCACAAUCAAAUUGUAGAUUUUUUUUAUUUUCGCAUCGUCGUCAACCCCACAACAACAACAACAACAAAAUUUUGGUAUUUUCCAAUCAAACUCCGUUAUUUUGCUGAUGCUGCCAACUGCUGAAUGUAUUUAUGAAUUUUUGUGAGUGAACAGGAAUUUUGCGUACAUCAAUAAAUAUUUUUGAUUUGCUUUGAUAACCAUUCGAAAAUUUUUAUUGGUUGGACAAAAAUUUUUGUUGUGUGUGAAAGAGUGAAUCUAGUUUGUAGUAAUAUUUUUUUUUGUCGUAAGCAUAAGCAAUCAUCGGUUAUCGUAACAUUUCAUCAUUUCGUGCAACAUCUCGAACACACACGUGCGUGCAGGCGAAAACAACAAUUUCUUCUAGCGUCUGGUGCGCGCCUUUUUAAAAACAUAACCAUCCAACAUAACCAUUCGAUAGACAAUAAGCAAAAGAAAAAACGAAGGAGAAAAAAAAAUACGCAACGUUAACCCAAUCCAAUUUCAAUUAUUCCGCAAAGAGUCCGGGAGUAGUAGGGGAAUAAAUCCGAAGGAAGUAGUAACAUUUUGUGCGGCAGCAACAAUAGGCAACAACGUGCUAAUUCGUUUAUGAUGACAGCUCAAGUGAAUAUGGAGGAAGCGAGCAAAUUGCUUGACUUCAGUCAAAAAUUGGACAUCGGUUUGCUCGAUAAUAUUGUUGGUUCGGUGUAUGUGAGCCAAGGUGAGCAGCUGCGUUUGGCACAAGACGUUUUAACAACACUCAAAGAGCACCCCGACGCAUGGACGCGUGUAGAUAGUAUCUUAGAAUAUUCAUCAAAUCAACAAACCAAAUACUAUGCACUGCAAAUUCUGGAAGAAGUGAUCAAAACGCGCUGGAAGAUUUUGCCGCGCAAUCAAUGCGAAGGUAUAAAAAAGUAUGUCGUAGGCUUAAUCAUUAAAACAUCAUCCGAUUCAGCGGUGAUGGAAGAGAACAAAGUCUACUUGAACAAGUUGAACAUGAUUUUGGUGGAGAUUUUGAAGCGUGAAUGGCCGAAAAAUUGGGAAUCAUUCAUCAGUGACAUCGUUGGUGCGUCGAAGACAAACGAAAGUUUAUGUCAAAAUAAUAUGGUUAUUCUUAAGCUGUUGAGCGAAGAGGUGUUCGAUUUCAGUUCGGGCCAAAUCACACAGACGAAGGCCAAACAUCUCAAAGACACAAUGUGCUCCGAGUUCUCACAAAUCUUUCAGCUGUGCUCAUUUGUGCUGGAAGGAUCGAUGAAUGCGCCGCUUAUUGCCGUCACACUGGAAACAUUGUUGAGAUUUUUGAACUGGAUCCCAUUGGGCUACAUUUUUGAGACAACACUCGUCGAAACAUUGAUAUUCAAAUUUCUGAAUGUGCCAAUGUUCCGGAAUGUGUCGCUGCUGUGCUUAUCCGAAAUUGCUGGUCUCACCGUGCCGAACUAUAACAACAUAUUCACAGAUAUGUUCAAGAAAACGAUGUCACAAUUCGAGCAAAUGAUCCAUCCGGGCACGAAUAUGAACCAAGUGUAUGCCACCGGUUCGGAUGCAGAGCAAAAUUUCAUUCAGAAUUUGGCCGUGUUUCUGAGCACAUUUUUGAAAGAGCAUGGUGCAUUGGUGGAGGGCCCCGAAACGGCGGACGCAUUGAAAAAGGCACUCAUGUAUUUGGUUAUGAUUUCCGAAGUGGAAGACGUGGAAAUAUUCAAAAUUUGCCUGGAAUAUUGGAAUAGCUUGGCUAGUGACUUAUACCAAGAUUCCGUUGCACUGGCGCCGAGCGGUGGUAUGUCGCUAUGGGGCGGUGCCACAAACAGCCGACGACAAUUCUACGCCGAUAUCUUAUCGAAAGUUCGAUAUAUUAUGAUCUCUCGCAUGGCGAAGCCCGAAGAAGUGUUGGUCGUCGAAAAUGAAAACGGUGAAGUGGUGCGCGAAUUCAUGAAAGAUACGAAUGCCAUCAAUUUGUACAAAAAUAUGCGCGAAACGCUCGUCUAUUUGACGCAUUUGGACUAUGCUGACACCGAACACAUUAUGACCGAAAAGCUCAACAAUCAAGUGAACGGCACGGAGUUCUCGUGGAAGAAUCUCAACACACUGUGCUGGGCCAUCGGUUCCAUUUCCGGUGCAUUUUUAGAGGAGGACGAAAAACGUUUCCUGGUCACGGUGAUCAAGGAUCUGCUGGGAUUGUGCGAACAAAAGAAGGGCAAAGAUAAUAAAGCGAUCGUCGCAUCGAAUAUUAUGUAUGUGGUCGGUCAAUAUCCGCGAUUUUUGCGCGCGCAUUGGAAAUUCUUGAAGACCGUUGUCAAUAAAUUGUUCGAAUUUAUGCACGAGACACACGACGGUGUACAGGACAUGGCGUGCGAUACAUUCAUCAAAAUUGCCCAAAAAUGUCGACGACAUUUCGUAACCAUUCAACCCAAUGAAGCCUGCACAUUCAUCGAUGAAAUUCUGGCGUCCAUGAGCUCAAUCAUUUGCGAUUUGCAGCCACAACAGGUGCACACAUUUUAUGAAGCCGUCGGUUGUAUGAUAUCAGCGCAAGUGGAUCAAGCCGCCAAGGAUGCAUUGAUCGAAAAGUAUAUGGCGUUGCCGAAUCAGGUGUGGGAUGAAAUCAUAUCGCAAGCAUCAAAGAAUGUGGACUAUUUGAAGAAUAUGGCAGCCGUCAAGCAAUUGGGCAGCAUUUUGCGAACGAAUGUACGGGCUUGUAAAGCGCUCGGUCAUUCGUUUGUAUUGCAGUUGGGCCGCAUCUACUUGGACAUGUUGAAUGUGUACAAAAUCAUGUCGGAGAACAUUAUCCAGGCGAUUACGGUCAAUGGCAUCGGUGUAAACAAUCAGCCGCUGAUCAAGGCGAUGCACGUGGUGAAAAAGGAGACGCUCACAUUGAUUUCCGAAUGGGUGGUCCGAUCGAGCGACAACAGUGUGGUCAUUGACAGUUUCAUACCGCCACUGCUCGAUGCCGUUCUACUCGAUUAUCAACGAUGCAAAGUGCCCGAAGCACGUGAGGCUAAAGUACUGAGCACAAUGGCAGCCAUCGUUGGCAAAUUGAAGGUCAGCAUCACAUCGGAAAUACCACAAAUUUUCGAUGCCGUGUUCGAAUGCACGCUCGAUAUGAUCAAGAAAAAUUUCGAAGACUAUCCACAGCAUCGAGUCGCAUUCUACGAACUCCUGCAGCAAGUGAAUGCACACUGUUUCGAUGCAUUUUUAAACAUACCACCAGCACAAUUCAAAUUGGUAUUCGAUUCGAUUGUGUGGGCCUUCAAGCACACACUGCGCAACGUGGCCGAUAUGGGAUUGCAGAUUCUCUAUGUCAUGCUCACAAACAUUGAACAAAGUUCACCGUCAGCAGCACAAGGCUUCUACCAGACAUAUUUUACGGAUAUUCUGACACAAAUAUUCUCGGUAGCUACAGACACAUCGCAUACAGCUGGAUUGCAAUUGCAUGCACAAAUCUUGGCGUACAUGUUUACAUUGGUCGAAACGGGCAAAAUCACCGUAAAUCUUGGCCCAAUUCCAGACAAUACCAUCUACAUCCAAGAGUAUGUUGCAUCGCUGCUGAAAUCCGCAUUUAGCCACUUGACCGAUAACCAAAUCAAAGUGUUUGUUACUGGUCUCUUCAAUUUGGAUCAAGAAGUGUCCGCCUUCAAAGAACAUCUACGAGAUUUCCUCAUUCAAAUUCGAGAAAUAACCGGCGACGAUGAUUCCGAUUUGUAUCUGGCUGAACGUGAGGAGGAAUUGAAGAAUGCACAAAACACAAAGAGGCUACAACAGAUGGCGGUGCCUGGAAUCCUCGGUCCUCACGAACAACCCGAAUCAAUGCAAGACGAAUUAGAUUUAAGUUAAAUUUAGUCUUUACUCAAGUGCAGCCGCAACAAUAACAAAACAAGAGAGGAAAAAAAAUUACAAAUGAAUACUAACCGUAACAGCAUCAUCAUCAUUUCUAAACAAACAAACAAAGAAACAAGAACAGCAACAGAACACAAAAUGUAUUUUGAUAAGGUUUAAAAAAUUUAGAGCGAUCGUUGAACAUAAUUCAAUCUAAAAAAAACCAUUUGAAUACGAGCAAAAUACAUGAAGAAAUUAUGAAUGAGAAACAGAGAGCGAUAGAGAGAGAGAGAGAGUAAAGGAAAAGCUACACAUAAAUCAUUUUCAAAUACAAUUAGAUUUUUGUCGCAUUCACUGUCAAGAAUCAAGCAAUUUGCAACGGAGUGGGUUCAUCCAUUUUUUUGAAAACAGAAAACCGUAACAAAAAUACACACACAUCUAAAUGAAAGAAAAA